AUGACUCAUGUCAAUACCGUAUUUAUUGACGGACCUUUGGAGGUGCAGGCGCUUGAGUAUGCAAGUUACAUUUCAAAGCUUAAAGGCGAGCCUGAAGAAGAUGGCCCUUUCGUAAAAAAGACAACCGAUUUAUUGAAUGAAAAAAAUCUAGAACAGAUUUAUCAAAACUUUGCAGAAACAACUUCGAUAUUGCUGGACGCGCCCGAAAAAGAAUUUGAAGCAAUAUAUAAUCUCUUGAUCGCAAUAUUAAAAUCUUCUUCGCCUCAAACACAUCCAACCUUAAUAAAUUCAUCCAUUAAAAUCUUAGUUAAUGACGAUCGCGAUAAGGCUAUCCAGAAGCUAAAAGUUCUCCAAAACUUAUAUAACACUUUGGAAUAUACAUCACCCCUUCGCUAUGACGUGUUUAUCGCAAUACUUAAUAUAGCUACCAAAAAUGAUGAGAUCGAUACCGUAUUACCACAAUUAUCACGUUUGGAAACAUGGGUGAAAGAAUGGUCAAUUACCAAAGAGCAGGUUCGGGAGCUUUAUUUGACUGUUUCCGACAAAUUAAAGGAAGUCGGGGAAGUUAAACGAUCUCACGAUUUCCUGUUAAAAUACCUUGCAACAUACACUUCGUCCGAAGAUCUUUCCGUGAUUAGACCUUUUGCAUGCAGGGCAAUAACCGAAGCUAUUCAAUUACCCGAAAUUUUGAACUUCGAAGAUUUACUAAAGCUAGAUACUAUCCAAGCACAAAAGGGCGAAGAACUUUUUGAGCUGUUGAAAGUUUUUUUAAGCGGCAAUCUGAAAGAAUAUAAAGUCUUUGUUGAGGGGAAACCGGGUGUCAUUGAAAAACUUGGACUUUCGAAUGAGGAUAACAUACGCAAGAUUCGUUUAUUGACUUUGGCUUCUCUUGCAUCGGAACAUGUUUCGCGCGAAAUUACAUAUCAAAUGAUUGCAACGUCUCUUGAAAUCGAGGAAGAUGAAGUAGAAAUGUGGACAAUUGAUGUAAUUCGAGCAAAUUUAAUCGAAGCCAAGGUUAACCAAGUGCGUAAGACUAUUCUAGUAAACAGAUCAACAUAUCGAACAUUCACCAUGGAACAAUGGCAACAAUUAUCUGAUAAGCUUGAAGGUUGGAGACAAUCCCUAACCGAUAUUUUGCAGGUCAUUGCUAAUGCCAAACUAAUUGCCCAGAAUUCAAAUGUAAGCGCGAAUAUUGCAUCCGGUUCUUCUGUGGUUGUC